AUGCUCCUCCGACAGCCUGGCGUCGCCCGGCGACUGUGCCCACGCACCCUCAAACCUCCAUGCGCCACUCGGUCUGCCUCUUCCUCUGCCCCACCCCCUCCAGCGGGCGAACAUCUUACUGGCAGCGCCAAGCUCUUCGCUGAGGCCGACUCCGAAGAGUCUCUUGGUACGACCGAUCGCGACUCUCUCCGCCACACACAGGGGCCCGUUUGGACUGGGGACGAAUCCACCUCAGACGCCGUCCUGCGUAUGCUCGUCGACGCCAAUAAACCGCUCAGGAAUCCAGGUGGUAUCAAACACAAUGCGGCAGACGACAAGAUCAAAGGGUGGAUGAAGGGUCUCAAGCUCGAUGCCCGCCUUGGACCGGGUGUGGAGCUGCCUCUCAAGUCAUCUCACGAAGAGGGAGAGGAGAACCCUCAUAGAACAAGACUGCCUCCACAUCUCCAUCGCCCAUGGCAUUCGACCUACACUGGCGAGAAGGCAGCGGCAGAAGAGCCGAAUAUCAAAUAUGGCGCCUUCAUUAAGAGCAAGCGUGAUGGCGACUCGUUGACCAAUCUGCUGGAGCUGCAGCUACCUCCAGGGGCCGAUGGCAAGACGCGUGCCAGAGUCAAGGAAUCACGUCGGACUGGCAAGGUGAUAGGCAGACUCGACAAUGCUCGAGAAGGCGCCCUGGACUACAAGCUAGGACUGAGUGGGAAGGGGCCGCUCUUGGUGGAUCUUGGAGAAGCAGAAGACUGGGAUGAGGGAGAGGGAGAGGGACAAGCUUUCAACGGGAAUAGGCAGAUCAAGGGAGCGAGUGUACUUGGAGCGGGGAGAGGAGGCGCGAGCGGGCUGCGAGCCUGGCAGGGGCUGGUAGAAGACCGGAUACAGCGAGCCAAAGGUAAGAGCAAGUCUCCUUCUGCAAGAGACCCUGCUGAUCGAUCGGCAGAUGCUGGUUUCUUCAAUACGACCACGGGCAAGGGUAAACCCAUCGCUCUCGACCCAGAAGCCAGCAAUCCCUAUAUCGAACGGGGCGAGCUUUUCAUGAACCGCAUCGUCAAACGUCAAGGCGCUCUACCUCCUUGGAUAGAGCUCCUCAAUCACCUCGACUCAUCUCUGAACGCUUUCCGGUCUACCCUUCUUACGACUUACAAAACCCAUAUCGUCCGGCAAGUCAUCUCUUCGACUUCGCUUCAUCCUCUUCCACCCCUACACACGAUCCCAGAGAGGGACGGCACAUGGGAGCAGAGGGAGCUCAAGUUCCAUCAGGAGAAUGUCAAGCAGAUCAACGACCUCACUCGGCGGAUGAACGCUCAAGCCCCCGCGCCGGCUAGACGCAACCUCAUCACACUUGAAAACGAGCUUGACAAGAUCAGGGGAGAGGUCAUAAAGACUGCAGUCUGGGAGGAUAUCAAGAAAAGGGCAGAGGAAAGUGUGGACCAGUCGUUCAGCAAGCAGAAGACUGGGUUUACACCAUUCUUUGAGGGAGAAGGCUGGAAGGCUUUCAAAAACGUGACCAGACCUUUCGGAACAUUGGCCAGUAGUGGGAUGCCUGCUGCUUCAAACUCCAACGCGGGGGGCGUCUCUGGAUCCUCCCGGGAGUAUGUUGGAGACCAUGGUGAACCCUCUGGACAUGGUGGCGCUCGGGACCCCAAGCCCAUGAGGCUCGCAGUCAUGGCUGGGGUCGGUAUCGGUCUUAUCAUCUAUCUUCGCCAGAGGACUGUCAAAGCCGAUGACCUCUCGUCUGCCCCCCAGCCUGAGAAGGAUACAAUCGUUGCGUCCUCCCCUGCCGAACCACCUUUGACAGUCACCUACAUUGUCCAAGAAUACAUCAUUGAACCUAUCGCUACUCUCUUCCGAUUCUUCCAGCUGGCCGCCCUCUUCUUGCCCGUCGUCAUUCUGUCACCCAUGCUUCUCCUCGGAGAGACUCGCAAGCGGAGGCAAUUGGGUAGAGCCAUCGGUGAGGACGAAGCCAACUGGGGCGCCAUCUGGUGGUACGAACUUCUCGUCAAGCAAAUGGAACGUGCCGGUCCUAGCUUUAUCAAGCUUGGUCAAUGGGCAGCUUCCAGGGCGGAUCUCUUCCCGGCGGAGCUUUGUGAGAAGAUGGGCAAGCUACAUUCAAAUGGUAAACCGCAUACUUUCGACUACACAAAGAAUAUGUUGGAGAAGGCCUUUGGGAAAGGGUUCAAGGAUAUUUUUGAAGAGUUUGACGAAAAUCCUAUCGGAUGCGGUGCCAUCGCUCAAGUCUACAAAGCGAAACUUCAGCCCGAGCUCUUUGCCAACGCCCGAGGCGGUGGAGGUGACUCUUCAGAGCCUCUAACCACCCCCAGUGUGGCUAUCAAAGUUAUCCACCCUCGAGCACGCAACACCAUUCGUCGCGAUAUCACCAUCAUGUCUCUGUUUGCCCGGUUCAUCAACAGUUUCCCCGGUAUGCAGUGGUUCUCGCUGCCGGAGGAGGUGACGGUGUUUGGGGACAUGAUGCAGUCUCAGCUGGAUCUUCGCGUGGAAGCCAACAACCUUGAUACCUUCCGGAAAAACUUCAAAAGGAGAGGAAGGAGGGUAACAUUCCCGACACCGAUCAAGCUGGGCCAAGGGGGAGGAGAGGACCGAGCUGGGAUGAGAGAUGUGUUGGUGGAGGAAUUUGAGGACGCGUUGCCACUCAAGUAUUUUCUGAGGAACGGAGGAGGACCUUAUGAUCACAAGAUCGCCAACAUCGGUCUCGAUGCUUUCUUGGAAAUGUUGCUGCUUGACAACUUUACUCACGGUGACCUGCACCCAGGCAACAUCAUGGUUCGCUUCUAUAAACCCACCACCACCGACUAUCUCGCACCUCUUCUUUCACACUUUGGCAAAGGCGAAACGGCUGCUCCCUCCCAGGAGACCGUCUCCUCUGGCGAAGAUAUUGUUCAUAAUUUUGCCGCUAUUUCGCGCGACCCGGAGACCUGGGUCUCUCGUCUUGAAGAUCUCCACGACCAAGGCUACGAGCCGCAAUUGAUAUUUAUCGAUGCCGGUCUUGUGACUACACUCGACAAUACCAACAGGCGCAACUUCCUAGACCUUUUCCAAGCUGUGGCAGGAUUUGAUGGCUACAAGGUCGGGAAACUCAUGAUUGAGCGAUGCCGAACGCCAGAGUUUGCUGUCGACGAAGAGACGUUUGCGCUCAAAAUGCAGCACAUCGUGCUCAACGUAAAGUCUAAAACCUUCUCCCUCGCCAAAAUCAAGAUCAGUGACAUCCUCACAGACGUGCUCAAGGCUGUACGAACGCACCAUGUCAAGAUGGAAGGCGACUUUGUCAACACGGUGAUUUCCAUCUUGCUGCUGGAAGGGAUUGGAAGGCAGCUGGAUCCAGAGAUGGACUUGUUCAAAUCGGCGCUGCCUAUCCUGAGGCAGUUGGGCAAGCAGAUGGGCACAAGAGAGGCUAUAUCGGCAACCCCUACAGGAAACAUCCUGGCUAUGAUCAAGCUGUGGGUGUGGGUCGAAGCUCGGCAAGUGGCGGGAGAGGUGUCGACUCUAGACCAGUGGAUCAAGUACGAUCGCCUGACUCCGUCUAUCUGA